AUGACACUCCGAAACACAUCUGGGAAAUUCUCAUUGUCGAAUUUCGGAAGAAAAGUAUCUGGAGCCAUUGAACCUAAUUCGCCCACGAGGAAUAACGAUAGGUAUACAGAUGACGAGUCACCUGCCAGAGACACUUUCGGAGUGGCAUUUGAUGGUCUGGGUAAAAAGUUAAAAGGUACAUUGGCUCAUCAAAGUAUAUUACCUGGUUUAGGAAAUAAGGAUAUGAGAGCUUUACAAGAUAUAAUAGCGACUGAAAAGGGUGUUUUGCAAGUGGCCGAGAAAUUAGCUAUUGAAACGCAAAAAGCUUCAAAUUCAUUACAACCAUAUGGUAUACAAGAAGGACCCGACCUUCAAGAUAUUUUAACUCAAUCAUCAACGUUGUUGAAUCACCUGACGACAGCAUUGAAUAUAUUCGUAGAACAUGAAAGUAAUAUGAGAAGUUGCUUGAAGAGGAUAAGAGAGAGAGAAGAAGGUUUAAUGGAAAUAAGAUCAAGGAGAAGAAAUACAGGUACGAAAGCGGAUAACGCAGAGAGAAAAUUAUCAAAAAUGGGUCCUGAAAACAAACAAUUACCUCAACAAACUGAACUAUUGGAAAGAUUAAGGAUGGAAAUGAGAAAUUUAGAUCAAGACAUCGUGAGUGAAGAAACGAAAAUCGGUGAUUUCAAAAGACAAAUUAUCAAAGAAGCCCUCUCUCUCAAAUUCGGAGGACUUGAAGAACUAGGGGAAAAGAUGUGUAUCAUUGGUGAACUGGGCAAACUCUUGCUGGAGGAAGUUCCGCUCGAAGAAACACCCGUCGGAUAUGGAAGAGCUCCAUAUACAGGCUACGAAAGGACUGAAAAUGCAGUAAAUGAAGCUACUCGAUGUCUCUCUACCGUCCAGUUCCACGCUGCGAAUAGUGCUCCAAAACCACCUGGACUUCCUGAACCACCCUUCCACCAAGCACUUAGAGCACCUUCGCUUCCUAGAGAGCGGGAUGAAAACAAUAUAGCUGCCGCAGAAGAAUUCGCCAAUUACCCAGGAAACGUAUCAUCUCCAGAUCAAAAGGGCAAAGGAAGAGACUUCUCUUUAGACACAGCUGAUCCUUAUGGUGGAAUAACAAAUAACCCUUACGCUCCAGCAUCUAGCAUUGGACAUGGUCAGUCGAACAUUUACAGCGAAUUUGGUGGUCAUAGAACACAGGUUCCCGGAGAAGUAAUGUUCAAUCAUGAAGAUCAUCAAACUCAAGAAUCAGUGGCACCACAGUUGCCUCCCUUGAAUCGAGGUGAUUCAGUACCUGAACCCUCAGUCGAUCCCCAAACACCCGAUGCGGAUGUAUCAGGGGAACAUGAUUAUGAAUACGAACAACAGAAAGCUAUGGAUGCCGAGGAAGCUUGGCAAAAACUCGAAAGGGAAGAAGAGGCUUGGAAAGAGGCUGCUGAAAAAGAAGAACAAGAAGCUGCAUCAACAAAUUUCCCUACUUCAGAAACGGUCUUGCCGAAUCCUCAUGAAGAUGAAUUAAGCCAAGAUCAGCAUGCAGAUGCAGAUGAAUACGAAAAUGGAAAUGAAAGUAGAAACGGAAAUGGGCAUUCAUUGACGAGUCCUUGGGAACCACUCAAUGUCAAAAGGGGAAAUACACCCGAACCCUCCAACGAAAUUUCCGCUCCUGCCUUACCUUUAGGUACCCAUGCACUAGGUCAACCACUUGAAAUUCAGCCUUCGGUAAUCCCGCCAGUGGAACAUCGCAACGAGCAUCAUAACGAAAUAGUCAAUUCAUCUACAAGACUCGAAAUGCCUCCUCCUAUGCGACCUUCAUUCACACCCGGACCAAGCGAAUUCUACACACCCACAGGAACCAUUGAUCGUGAUCCAUUGGCUUCUCCACCUAUCAUGCCUGCUGCGGGAGGCGGUAAGAUCUCAGCAGCGGCUUUCAGGAGAGGAACAAAGCCCAGAGGCAGUUUAGAGCCGGAUGAACUCAAUAGUCCUACCAGUGAAACCAGUUCGAAGAUGAUCAGAAGAUUACCUGUACCACCCCCACCUGGACCUGCAGGAAUUGAAUUACCAGCAAGUCCAGCUCCGGGUAGAGAGAACCCAUAUGAGGGAUUUGAUGCCAGACAAACUCAUAGUCCUCCACCGGGUUAUCAAAAAGAGGACAGCUUGAGAUAA